AUGGCCAUUUCCAGUACAGUUCUCACACUCUGGUUUGUCUUCCUUGUAAUAGCAUCAGGGAUAAGAUUGUCCAAGUGCACAAAUUUUACCAUCAUAAAUUACUGCAAAGAGACCAUAUGGCCGGGAAUAACUGCAAGUAACAACUACACUGGUGGAGGCUUUGCUUUGAAACCAACCCAAUCUGCCGUCUUUACAGCCCCAUCCGGGUGGAACGGUCGGAUAUGGGCUCGUACAGGUUGCAAUUUUGACAAAAAUGAAAAUGGCACUUGCCAAACAGGUGGCUGUGGAAGUAAACUUAAAUGUACCGGGCCCGGCCAGCCUCCUGCUUCAAUUGCUGAAUUUACCCUUGGAGAUCCUGAUUAUUACGACGUUAGCCUUGUUGAUGGGUUUAACUUGCCUAUAGUGGUAAAGCCUGUUAAUGGCAAAGGAAAUUGCCAACCGGCCGGCUGUGACAACGAUUUACGACCAAAUUGCCCGCCGGAACUUACUGCCAAGACUAAAGAUAAGAUCAUUGCUUGCCAAAGUGCGUGCAAUGUAUUCAAAACUGAUGACUAUUGCUGCAGGGGUGCAUUUUCCACCCCUAUAGCAUGUGUGCCUACAAAUUAUUCAAGAAUAUUCAAAACUGCAUGCCCUGCAGCCUAUAGCUUUGCUUAUGAUGACCCUACGAGUAUCAUCACUUGCAGUGCCACGGAUUACACUGUGACAUUUUGUUCCUCAAGGAAUCAAACAGAAUGCACAUAUCAUGACAGGCAACUUACUUGUAAUGGAUCAAAUGGUAAACUUGGGGCACUCUCCAAAAUGUGGAAGCUCUGGGUGACGGCAUUGCCAGCAGCUAUCAGCUUACCAGUCAUGUUUUGA